AUGGAGGACCGGAUAUACGAAGGACGAGUGGAGGAGGACGUGGAGAUCGGACAACACAACCUUACACAUCCGAAACAUUUGGCGCCCACCGUGGGGCCGUGUAGUUCUAUAAACCCAAUGGUGACCACGAGAAAUAUGAGCAUGGAUGACCCGGUUGAGCUGAUCAGAGUUCUACAGCAGAAGAUGGACGAGAUGCAACAACGUCAUGAGGACGAGUUAGCGGCAAUGAAGGCCGAUUGUGAGGCCCGGUUAGCUCGGGAGGUCGGAGGAAAGGACGGGGAGGACGAGCGAGCGAAAGAGAAGGGAAAGGCCGCGGCAGAGGAACGCACGGGACAAGACACCGGGCAUGACAAGACUUGGAGGCCAACAGAAUCCGAGGCCGAAGGGAGUAAAGCUAAUUCGGUACACGCAGAAAGCGCGACCGAAGAUAGGUGGAUGGUGGUGAAGCCAGAGCCUUCAUCCACAUUAUUACUCCCCUUCACCCAAAGUAUAAUGGACGUUCAAAUUUCAAAACAAUUCAUAGCGCCGCAAUUCAAAAUGUACGACGGGACUACGGAUCCCGAGGCCCACAUCAAAACGUUCUCGAACACCAUGGCAUUCAGAACGGGCAACGACGCCAUUUGGUGCCGGGCGUUUUCGCUAUCCUUGGAGGACGAGGCGCUGGAAUGGUUCAACUCUCUACCCCCCAAUUCUAUAGAGAAUUUCGUCGGCUUGAAACGACUUUUCAACCGACAAUUCGCGGCCAACAGUUCUCAAGACUUGAUCGUGUUCGAAUUGGUCACCCUCAAGCAAGGAAAGGAGGAAACGCUGCGAGCGUUCAUGGAGCAAUAUCAGAAGACCGUUCGGCGAGUGAAGGCCCUAAGCCCCGAGCUCGCCCUUCAUUACAUCCUCCCGGCUCUCAAGUCGGGCCCGUUUAAAGACAGCGUGUGCCGACGAGCUCCCAAGACGAUGGAAGAGUUGAGAGAACGUGCGGCAGACAAGAUAAGGGUAGAGGAGAUGAAACUAUCCUACAAGAAGGAAAGCCAGGAGUUGAAGGGGGAAAGGGCGGACGGUGGGAAGCCCAACGGUUCGGCUGGAAACACGGCCGGCCAAAAACAUAGGGAACCGAGACGGGGGCCUCGUUUUCAACAAUAUACUACCUGA